CAGCGCCAUGUUAAGCUCCAUGCACUUUGCCAUGCGCUUCGGGGUUUCCCCCCUCCUCGUCUUCGCUUCCCGUCCCCCUCGUCUUAUCUGGCUCUCCCCGGGUUGAUCUUCGCUUCUUUUUCAAUUCAUUCUUGCAUGCUCUCUGGGAUAGCUCUGCUUGCUAUAGCUGGUUGUGAAACUCUGCUUCGAUCGAAUCCAAGACAGUUUCGCAACGAUUGACUACUAAAAUGGUAUUCCCGACCAUCUGAAGGGGUCAGCCGGUCAGAAAGGAAGUGGCGAGAAAAGAAAACAUAGUGGCAUACAGUCAGCUUUGGCUGGCUUCUGAACAAGAAAGAGUGGAAGUGCUACGGCAAUACACAGCGCCAUGUCCGGUAUAUGGCGUUCUGCAGCUUCAAUUGCGAAGCGGAUCGAUAUCCCGAUCAUUGCGUCCAAUUCUCCGGCAGACAUUGCUGAACAACAACGAGAUCCGUGGGACCAGUCGGGCAAAUAUGCUUUGGGAUGGGUCUUCUUUUCUGUGAUUCUACUGGCCAUCACGACACUCGUUCGGUUCUACCAUAUCUGGGGCGACAAGAUUCGAAUCGCAUUAUACAAGGAGGAUGCCACUGCAGCUUCUCCAUACAUCGGCUCCCCUCAGGACGAAUAUGAGCUUCCCAGUGCAGCUACGGACAGUUCAACUACCCAGUUCUUUCCAGCUCAUGGUCCGCUACCAAGCAAUACAAACGUGAAACAACAGUCGUCGGUAUCUACAAUCGCCCCAAUUAACAAUACCAUCGCAUUCGUACGCUGGAUCUUCUAUCGACCACUGCCGGUGAUACAGCUAUGGAAGUUCCGCGUCGUGCUCCCGUCAUUGGGCGCUUCUGCCAUCGUCCUUGCAGCGCUGAUAUUUGUUACCCUCUAUUCGUUCCUACCGCAGCCUCUCUACUUUUCGUCCAGUGCUCUUGGAUCCCCUCCUUUGGCGAUCCGUGCUGGCAUGAUUGCCGUGGCCAUGAUUCCUUGGAUAAUUGCACUCAGCACCCGAGCCAAUUUCAUCACCAUGAUGACCGGCAUUGGCCACGAGAGGCUUAAUGUCCUUCACCGCUGGGCAGGCUAUCUGUGUCUAUUUUUGAGCUUGGUUCAUAUGGUUCCAUUUUAUGUCACUCCGAUCUGGGAAAGCGAGUCCUUCGUGUACUAUCAGCAGGUUCUUCCGCAGAACAUCUACGUCUAUGGGACCGGGUUCGCGGCGUUUGUCCCUCUGGCCUUCCUGUGUCUUCAUUCCUUGCCUAUACUCCGAUCCAGGAUGUAUGAGCUCUUUGUGGCCGUGCACAUGCCAGUAUCGAUCGUCUUCCUCGGCAUGCUCUUCUGGCACUGCAAGAACUUCUUGACAUCGUGGGACUAUCUAUGGGCCACAGUUGCCAUCUGGGUGAUGUCUUUCAUCGUUCGACUCUUCUACCUCAACUGGACCAAUCCAUUCCGGCUAUCAUUCAUGAUUGGAGAGGAGUCUGCAAUAACCAUUCUUCCCCAAAAUACUGUGAAGGUUACUGUCGCAACCCGAAUGCGAUGGAAACCGGGCCAAUAUGUCUACCUUCGCAUGCCCGGUGUCUCGCUUUUCGGGCGUCACCCUUUCACCAUCGCCUCCUUGUGUAGCGAUGACUUCCCCUCCGAGUACGGCGAGAACUAUCGUGACCUGGCCCUUGUCUUUCGUCCUUUCGGCGGCUUCACCCGCCAAGUCUUCCUCAAGGCCUUCGAGCACGGCCCGUACAAGACCUGGACCGCCUUUCUGGAGGGGCCCUACGGCGGCAUGCGUCGCGAAAUGGCCGCCUUCGACGAUGUGGUCUUCUUUGCUGGCGGAAGCGGUAUCACAGCAAUCGCCAGCCAGCUCCUCUAUCUGAUCAAGAAGAUGCGUGACCGCAAAGCAGUCACCAAAUCCAUUCGCGUAAUCUGGGCAUUCAGAAACCCAGAGUCCAUCGAAUGGUUCAAAGAAGAACUCCGCAUCUGCAGAGACUUCGCACCUCCCAACACAGUCCACUUCCAUUUCUUCCUCACCGGCUCGCCACAAUACACGAUAGACGGCCGCUUGUCCGAGGACAUCGUGCAGGAGAAAAUCUACAACACCCUGCAGGUCUUUGACAAGCGCAACUCUGCUUUCAUCCGCGAAGAAGCCGCCGGCGACCCCGAGGUCGAAAAGGAGCUUCGUCGCGAGAACGAAGACGCCAUUACUGCUCUGCCGCCCGCCCACACCCUACCUCACAUCAACACAAGCAGACACUACAGCCCCAUGGUCAAUAAUCACCAGUUCCCAUCUCCGUACACAGGGACCACUGAUAGCACCGAAAGCCUACCAUUUGACUUCGGCUUCUCCCACUCCCCGGCUGUGUCUACCAGAUCUCUUCCACGCUAUGCGACCCUCCCACAGCAGCGACGCAACGGAUGGCGUAUCGACUACGUCCGUCCGGACAUUCCACGCAUGUUGACCGAGUGUUCACGGAGCUUCGGUCGUCGCGCGUGUGUCUUCGUCUGCGGCCCUCCCAGUAUGCGAGUUGAGGUAUCUCAUACGACAGCACGGCUGCAGCAGCAGGUCAUGGGCGACUCGUCGAAGGAUGAGAUCUUUCUACAUGCGGAGAAUUACAGUAUUUGAGCUGAUUUGCUUUACACUGUUUUGGUUCAAAGAAAACAUGUUAAUGAUGGCUUGGUUAUUGAAUGGUUUAUGUUUGUAUGAUGAUGCCCGAUACCCUCUUGUUUCAGAUUGGGCUUGAUCUCGGUCUUGAUGAUAACGUUUGUUUGAAUAUGGGGAUGAAUUUGCACAUAGGAUAGCAUUAAUCUCGUCUAUUCUCUUUUUACUCUUUUGUUUACUCUAUAGUUAGGAGAGGUAGCUUAGAAUGCCGGUAAUACAC